ACCUUCCUGAACAUUCCACUUCCUCCAAUUGCAAAAAUGGACAUGGACACUAGCAAACUACACUGGGGACAUCAAGAAUACAAUCUUGGAAAGUUUGCUGAAAAAUUCAAGGACUCCUUUCCUAAGAUCAUCAAUGUGACGGUGGGCUUUCUUGGACAACAGGAACUGGACAGUAUCAGCUCAAGCACACACAUCAUGGUCCACUCCCUGCUCUGCCAGCAGAGAGCAGUGUUUGAGAGCAAACAUGGGAAAGUCCUGUCCCUACCUGUCACCAUCUCAACUGUAGGCUUCUACAUAAUCAGAAAUGAUAGACGAGAAGGACCACCAAUCAGUCUUCAGGCUAUUUUGGAGUCCAACCCACUGCCAGUCAUCAUCCAACCAAUAACGCCACUUGUCCUGCCGUGGCUGUCAGGAGGUCAUAGGCUGGACACACUGACAAUCACACGCACCUAUGAGGAGCAGCUCUUAAUUGGGUUUCCUUUCAGCAGCAAAGGAAUCCUCUCCAGACACACUCCUCUGGUGCUUCCCAUGUAUAUGAAGGAGGUGCGUAUUGCAUUGGCAGAGGGGUUGGAGGGACUCGAUCAGGGCCAGUUCGAGGACGCCUGUGCUACAUUGGGGGGGCAGAUUGAUGAACUGGGCCUCAGGAACCUUUUCAUCUUUCAAGAUAUCACCAUUUUGAAUAAGCAAGAGUUGAUUGAAAAGGGUCACGAAUACAUGGAGGUGAAGCCAAUCUACAUGAGUCUGAAGAACCAGGGUGAUGAAAUCAACCUUUACCAGCACCUUGACUUUGAGACAACCGAGCCUCCUACUUUACAGAGAAAAGCAGCAAGACCCCCACCUCUACCCCCUAAAUCACAAUAUUUACAAAUAGCUAGACACAAACUUCCACCCCUUUCUCCAUCAUUGGAGAACAAUUCCCAGUCCUACUCUGGCGGCUCAUGGCACCCACUCUUCUGCUCCUUAGCAGAGGUGCCCUCUAAUCUACGGGACCUGAGUGUGGCACAGGUGUGCUCCUGCCUGCGACUGCUCAACUUGGACCAGUACUGCCAGGCCUUCGAGAGGGAGCAGAUUGACGGGGAUCUGUUGUACACAGUUGAGCCCAGCAUGAUGAGGGAGACCCUGGGUAUGGAGAGCCUGCACGUGGGCAAGCUUCUCCGCUUCCGAGAGGGCUGGAGGCCCUUACUUGGAUCUUCUGGAGCUGAGCAGGUUGGGUAGUAAUGGAUUACCUGUAAUGGGGAUUAUAAUCAGAUUGUAAAAAUUUAAUUGGCAAUCUGGGAUCCAAACAACACUAAAGCGGUCAUAGAAGUGACAUUUUGUACUCUUGUGCUGGAUGGUAAAUUAUUUACAUAUUUUAUGUUAGGCUAAGUACCAUUUACAUUAGUAAUGGCUAAAGUGUCAUUCAGAAUAAAGGCUACUUUUGGAGUAAU